CAUUCCCCAUGCCCCCCAGGACCCCAUUCAGCUGUUCACCUUCACCAGGGCAGGCGCCCCGCUCCCCAAGUGCAACGACGCCACGGUGCGAACCACGACAGCUCUACGUGCGAGCCAUAGCCAUACGUGCGAGCCAUACGUGCGAACCGUGAGAUGAGAGCUCUACUCCAUCUCCAUGCCUCCUCUCCCAUCACCUCCAUCGCUCUAUUUCCCCACCUUCCCUCCUCCCUCCCCCCCUCUCCCCCUCACUCCCCCAAUCCCCCGCCCAGGGACCCCAUUCGGGUGUUCACUAUAUGACUUCACACUGCGCCCUUCUAUCUCUUCCAUCGCUCUUUCCUCCCUCUUCCUCCUCCCCCCCACCCACCUCAACAGGACCCCAUUCAGGUGUUCACGACACCCGACUUCACUCUGCGCGAGUGCAACGACGCCACGGUCCAGAUCAUGGGGUACCCCUCCAAAGAGGCGGCGCUCGCCAGCAUGAGCAUCGUCAAGCAGUCGCCCGAGUUCCAGCCCAACGGGCGGCAGAGUUUGGAGUAUUUCUUGGAGAUCCUGGACGGCAUUAUGAAAGGGGGUGGCGUGGAGCCCUUUGAGUGGGACAUGUUUUCCUUGGAUGGCCGCGCGUGCACCGUGCUCGUCAAAGGCAAGGUCGUGGCGGUUAAUGGGAUUUCAUAUUAUGUAAGCGUGUGGCACGACAUAACGGACAUGAAGCGCAAGGAGGAGGAGCUGAAGGCGGCCAAGGAGGCGGCAGAGGCGGGCAGCGAGGCGAAGAACCGGUUUCUGGCGAACAUGAGCCACGAGCUGCGCACGCCCUUGAACGGCGUCAUCGGCGUUGCCGACCUGCUGCUGCGCACGCCGCUCUCCCCGCAGCAGCGCUCCUACGUGGACGUGAUUUCGUCGUCUGGCAACGCCCUCAUCCACAUCAUCUCAGACGUCCUCGAUAUAUCAAGAAUCGAGACUCACUCGCUCGUCCUCGACUGCUCCCCGUUCAACCUUCACCACACCGUGAACGAGGCCGUUGAGGCAGUGAGGAUCGCCGCACAAGGCAAAAAACUCAAGCUAUGCAGCCGGAUGGGCGUGGGCGUGCCGGCGUGGGUGGAGGGCGAUCAGCUGAGGGUGCGGCAGAUUCUCCUCAACCUGCUCUCCAACGCCAUCAAGUUCACCGACGCCGGCCGCGUGGACCUCACGGUCGCUGUGUGCUCCAACCCCUUUGAAAAGGAAAAUGGUAAAAGUCAUCCUCAGGUGGCUUCUCCUGGUUUUGAUGCAGAGACAAGGGUGGCAGGAGAGGCAGAGAGGCCUGUAGCGGGACAGGUGGAAAGGGGUCGGGAGUCAACUGAUUGUGGAGGUGAGCAGGAGAGGGAGGGGGACCAACCAAGGCAUGAAGGAAGGUGUUUACCUGGCACACCGAAAUCAGCAGCAGCAGGAACUGAGGUAGCAGCAGCAGCAGCAGCAGCAGCAGCAGCAGCAGCAGCAGCAGCAGCAGCAGCAGCAGCAGCAGCAUCAGCAGGAGGAGGCAGUCGUGGUGAAGGCAGAGGGGGGAGGGGAGACAUGGCAGAGGAAGAGGAAGAUGAGGUGAGUGCGCGCGUGCGGGAGGACUUGGACCGCAUACUGAACGAGCCGUGGGUGCUCACUCCCGCCACCGCCUCGCUCGCUGCGGCUGAGGCUGGCCUUGCUGCUGCCUCGCUCUCGUGCCCCUCAAGAGUGUCUGAUGCCCUGGCUGUAGCACCAGCUGUAGCACCAGCUGUGGCACCAGCUGUGGCACCAGAUGUGGCACCAGCUGUGGCACCAGCUGUAGCACCAGCUCUGGCACCAGCUGUAGCACCAGCUGUAGCAGCAGCAGGUGAUGCAGACACAGCAGCUACAGCUACAGCUGUAUCUGUGCCCUCUGCAUCAGGAGCAGCGGAGGCAAUGGAGCUAUCAGAUGCACCAGCUGUAGCAGCAGCACUGGAGCAGCCCGCUUUCGAAGCAGCAGCCGCUGCACCAGAGGCUGACGACGGCCAGAGAUGCAAGGAAGACAGAGAGCACGCUGCUGUAGCAAGCUCCGCUGCACCAAGCUCUGCUGCACCACAUGCAGGGAAUGCAGCCUCCACUGCACCAGAUGCAGGGAAUGCAAGCUCCGCUGCUGCUGGGGCAAGAGAUACAGCGGAAGGCGCGAGGUGCAAGGAGGAUACGGAGUUCGCUGCUGUAGCAAGCUCCGCUGCCGCUGAUUCUGCAGCCGAUGCUGCGGCCGUCUCCAUCCUGUCCUUCCACGCCCAUGCGCCGACCAACCAGGCCCAAGAGCCAGGAGAAACGGGAGCAAACCGGACGGGAGGGAGAGACGGGGGAGGCGGGAAGGAACGAGGGAUAACGGAGGACGGGGAAGGGCGGGUGUGGGUGAGAAUCGACGUGAAGGACACGGGUAUGGGUCUGUCGGCAGACGCGAUGUCUCGACUAUUCGCCCCUUUCUGGCAGGUGGACGACUCGUCGUGCCGCAAGCAUGGCGGCACGGGCCUGGGUCUGUCCAUCUGCCGCUCGCUGGCGUCACUCAUGGGGGGCUGCAUCUCCGUCACCUCCACGCCCCACCAAGGCUCCACCUUCUCCCUCUCCCUGCCCUUCGCCCCUGCUGCUGCUGCUGUUGCUGCUGCUCGCUCUGGAGGGGGGAUUUUCCAGCAGCCAAGGGAGGAGGGGGUGAGGAGUGGUUUGGCAGGGUUAGGGGUUUGUAACGAAGGGGUGGCGAGGACCAUAGCGGGUGUAGAGACGAAGAGCGUAGUGGUUGAUUUGCAGCGCGGAAGAGGGGCAGGGGCAGAGAAGCGGGCAGAAAGGAGGUCGGAUUUUGUAGUGGAAGAGCAGGGAGAGGGGAUUGAGAGGGCUGGGAGGGAAGGGGCAGGUUUACAGCAGCAGCAGCCGCCACCACAGCAGCAGCGGCAGCAGCAGCAGCCAGGGAGCACUGGGGUGGCAGGAGGCUUGGGGGCGAAACGGAGAGCAGAGCAGGGUGACCUGGAAGGGCAAAGGAAGCGACUGAGGGGCUCCAGUGGGGAAGAGGGGGAAGAGGGGGAAGCGGGAGAGGAGGAGGAGGGAGAUGAUGAGGAAGAGGAGGAAGAGGAGGAAGGGGUGGAAAUGGAAGAGGAGGAAGUGGAGGAAGGGGAGGAAAGUUUGAGGGAAGAGCAUGGGAAAAAGAAAGAAGAGGCAGGAGCUGAAAAUAGGAGCUGGGGGCGAGGUGGUCUAUCACUGGCGAGUUCUCUAUCUCACAACAACAGCAAUAGCAAGGGCGGCCGCCGGAGCAGCGGGAGCGGGCGCAGCGGCAGGAGCACGGGGUUUGAGGGGCUGCGGUGCCUGGUGGUGGAGGACAACGCGGUGAACCGCAUGGUGGUGGUGCAGCUGCUGAGGAACCUGCGAGUGGCGUGCGACGUGGCAGAGAACGGCCGCAAGGCCGUGGAGGCCUGCACCGCCACCAACUACCACGUCAUCUUCAUGGAUUGCCACAUGCCAGUGAUGGACGGGUUUGAAGCCACCACUCGCAUCCGACAGCUACAGUCCAACGCCCAUAUCGCUCACAUCCCAAGCACAAACACUAAUACAACCCCGGUCACAAACACUAAUACCACCACCCGGGUCUCCAACUCUCAUCUAACCGAAGCCCCAGAUGCUCCUGGGAUAAUUGAAGUACUGAGAGGGGACGAAGAGAGGACACAGCAAGAGAAGGUGGUUCAGCGGUCGACCAUAUACGCGGUGACUGCGAGCACAAUGAAGCACGAGAGAGACAAGUGCGCGGAUGCGGGCAUGGAUGGGUUCUUAGCCAAGCCGAUACGGCUGAGGGAUUUAGAGCAGGUGCUUGCGCAGAUAGUCGCCAGGGAUCAGUAGGAGGUGCACGGUUCACCAUAGAAUACAUGUAUGCACUGCUAGUGAGCACACCAGAGUGUCAAAUUUAACGAAUUAAUAGAGCCAUGGCAUACAA